AGUGCAGUGUCUGGAAAUGACCACUAAGCGAAAGCUGAUUGGCCGGCUGGUGCCAUGCCGCUGUUUCCGUGGUGAAGAGGAAGUGAUAUCAGUGCUGGACUACUCUCAUUGCAGUCUUCAGCAGGUCCCCAAGGAGAUCUUCAGCUUCGAGAGAACUUUAGAAGAGCUCUACCUGGAUGCCAACCAGAUUGAAGAAUUACCCAAGCAACUCUUCCAGUGCCAGGCCCUAAAGAAGCUGAGCUUGCCUGAUAACGACCUUUCCAAUCUUCCUACCACCAUCGCCAGCCUGGUUAACCUCAAAGAGUUAGACAUCAGUAAAAAUGGAAUCCAGGAGUUUCCAGAUAAUAUAAAAUGCUGUAAAGGCCUGUCUGUGGUAGAAGCCAGCGUCAACCCCAUAACAAAACUCCCAGAUGGUUUUACGCAGCUCCUGAAUCUGACCCAGCUCUUCUUAAAUGAUGCCUUCCUGGAGUAUCUGCCCGCUAACUUUGGCAGGCUCUCCAAACUACGGAUUCUGGAGCUGAGAGAGAACCACCUGAAAACCAUGCCAAAGUCCAUCCACAGACUGACACAGCUGGAGAGGCUGGAUCUGGGUAGCAAUGAAUUCUCUGAAAUGCCAGAGGUGCUGGAACAGAUACACAGCCUUAAGGAGCUGUGGCUGGAUAACAACUCUCUACAGUCUAUACCUGGGUCAAUAGGGAAGCUUCGUCAGUUGCGGUAUUUAGAUUUGGCCAAAAAUCGCAUUGAGUCUUUGGACAGUGACAUCUCUGGCUGUGAGGCCUUAGAAGAUCUACUGCUAUCCUCCAAUAUGCUGCAGCAUCUGCCAGACUCUAUAGGAAUGCUGAAGAAGCUGACCACUCUAAAGGUAGAUGACAACCAGCUGACCGCACUGCCUCACACUAUUGGGAGCCUUCGAAGGAGCCAGUCCAGUCCGAAGCCAAAGCAAGGCCUGUCUCUUUUGGAGGAGUUGGACUGUAGCUGUAAUGAGCUGGAGUCGUUACCUCCCACUGUUGGCUACCUGCACAGCUUGAGAACUUUUGCUGCAGAUGAAAACUUCCUCAUAGAGCUGCCACGGGAGAUUGGUAACUGCAAGAAUGUGACGGUGAUGUCACUUCGGUCCAACAAGCUGGAGUUUCUGCCUGAUGAAAUAGGGCAGAUGACCAAACUACGUGUUCUUAACCUCAGCGACAACAGGUUGAAGAAUCUACCGUUUACCUUCACCAAGCUGAAGGACUUGGCAGCUCUGUGGCUCUCUGACAAUCAG